AAGGGUUUUCCCCCUCACACACACACCCAAACACACUUAGCUGCAGGCCUGCUCCCCUCCUCUCCCCUCUGCUGGAAUGAGUGCUUGAGGAUUAAGAAGCAGGACGGCUGGACUAGAAGACUACAGGAUUGGGAUUGGAGGGCUCUGGCAAAACUGGAUUAUUGUUGGAUACUGCAGGAACAGGCUGUUUUGUACUGGGAUUGGUCAUUCAGAUAGUCUUGUGGACUCUAUAAAAAUAGCUGGGGUGAGAGUCCAACAUUGAUUUCGGCUGCACUGGGAGUACUGGGACCAUUGAGACUGGCCGUGAAGCCACUCGACAGCAGAUAGACAGACGCUUUCUCUGUGCCUGAUGACCUCAGUCCAGAGGAGAGACAGGAGCUGGAAAGCAUCCGCCACAGAAAACAAGAGCUACUGCAGGACAUACAAAGGCUGAAGGAUGAGAUAGCAGAGGUGACCAAUGAGAUUGAAAACCUGGGCCUGACUGAAGAGAGGAAAAGCAUGCAGAGGAAUAAACAGAUGGCCAUGGGCCGAAAGAAGUUCAACAUGGACCCCAAGAAGCCCAAAACCCAAACAUAUUAAGUUUACAAUGAUAAAAACACAGAACAAAAGAAGAACAUCCUCACAUAAGAGAGGCUGCAACCAGAGAAUUUGGGGGAUUCGCUUCUUGAUUGACAGCUCCCUGCUGAAAAACACCAGCAAUGACAUCGCCCAGUUUCUCUACAAGGGUGAGGGGCUUAAUAAAACCGCUAUCGGCGACUACCUAGGGGAGAGAGAUGACUUCAACAUCGAGGUUCUGCAUGCCUUCCUGGAGUUGCACGAGUUCACAGACUUGAACCUGGUUCAGGCUCUCAGGCAGUUCCUGUGGAGCUUCAGGCUGCCCGGGGAGGCUCAGAAGAUCGACCGCAUGAUGGAGGCGUUCGCCCUGCGAUACUGUCGCUGUAACCCCGGAGUGUUUCAGAGCACAGAUACCUGUUAUGUGUUAUCGUUCGCUGUGAUCAUGUUGAACACCAGCUUGCACAACCCUAACGUGAAGGACAAACCCUCGGUUCAGAGAUUCACGGCGAUGAACAGAGGCAUCAAUGAUGGAGGAGAUCUGCCGGAGGAUCUACUCAGGAACUUGUUCGACAGCAUCAAGAACGAACCCUUUAAGAUCCCAGAGGAUGAUGGGAACGACCUCACACACACCUUCUUCAACCCCGACAGAGAAGGAUGGCUGCUUAAACUCGGAGGUGGACGAGUUAAGACCUGGAAGAGACGCUGGUUCAUUCUCACAGAUAACUGCCUCUACUACUUUGAAUACACGACUGAUAAAGAACCCAGAGGAAUUAUUCCACUGGAAAACCUGAGUAUCAGAGAAGUGGAUGACUCCAAGAAACCAAACUGUUUCGAGCUCUUCAUCUCGGACCACAGAGAUCAGGUGAUCAAAGCCUGCAAGACAGAGGCCGACGGACGCGUCGUCGAGGGAAACCACACUUUUUACAGAAUCUCCGCUCCGACCGCAGAGGAGAAGGAGGAAUGGAUCAACAGCAUCAAAGCCGCCAUCAGCAAAGAUCCGUUCUACGAGAUGCUGGCUGCUCGGAAGAAGAAGGUCUCGUCGCUGAAGGGGCUGUAGAGCUGCAGAGGAUUACAUUUUGUGAAACUCCUGCUGCUGCAGGGACACUUGGACCUGACAGAAGAAAAUCUCCUUUGUCACCUUUUGAACCGCCGCUUCUUCAGUACCUACACCUCGUUCUCUACAGGUGGGACCUUUUGUAGAAAGUUUAAGUUCCCAUCUAGAGAUGAAAUGAUUCAGUGGUAGACCUCUGUCUUUAUCCUCCCUUUGAACAUUCUACGACUGUAGUAGUAGGACUCCCACCCCUCGUACAAUCUGCUGUAUUGACCGUCUGAUUCACCUCAGAGCCACCUCGUACAGACUCUGGUUUUUAAUAAAACAUAGCUGGGGGAGGAGGGUAAUACUCAGAAUUUCCUAAAAUUCAGUUGUAAAAGUAAAAAGCUCAGAAAUUCUGAGAUAUGGUGAUUCUGGGCUAAAAUCAUUACUACUUCCUUAUUGCUGAAUCCGAUUAGGUGAUUUACUGCAGGCACGAUGCACGGCAAGCAGCAGUCUGUGGUGGGAUGCGUUUGAUCCAACCUUGCGGUUCCUUAAUGAAAAACUAUGUUCAGGUUUUCUUGUAAAAAUGUCAUUCUCUCAGAAUAAUAUCCCUCUCCCUCUGCUUUUUACCAACAAUUACCCUAAUACGUGCUCUACAGCUACUCAAACAAGAGAUGUUUUCUGUCGGAAACAUGAAUUCAUUUGGUGAGAAAAAGACACCUGUUAGAUAAAAACCUUUCUCCACCUUGUGAAAGACACAGCACUCCAACAGGACGAGGACGCUGAUGAGUCACAUCGUACAUUAAUGGGAUUCAGAACAAUUUCAGUCGAGUCUGAAAUUGUUCACUUUAGUCUCUAUUUUGAUCAGUCGGUUUGUUUUCCAGACAUGGAUUAAACUUCUAUUAAAAUGAAGAUAUCGGUUGGAAAACAAACUCCUCUUGUCUGGGACGCUGGACUUUAUUGUAUAAAAAUGUUCUUUUCUAAGGCUUUUUUAUUACUGCUGUUGGUCUUUCGUCAAAGCGCUGCUCAUGUUCAUGAAGGUGAUGCAUGAAGAGCUAAAUAUUUAUUUAUCCAGAUUCUUGUAAUUUAUUGUUUUCGAAUUUUGUCUCAUUAAAAGUUUGUAAACCAACA